AUGACUCAAGCCGUUCAAAUGCAACAGCCGACUGAAAACCUCGACCCCAUGUUCACCAAUUCUGGUAGUGUGGACAAUAUGGCCAGCGAGACUCACGUCGGAGCAUACCAGUCACUGGAUCCUUCUCACUCCUCACUGGAGGACUACAACCGCUCCAUGCUGCAGUACACCCAACGCCAAAUGUCUUCCUUCGUCGACAUGGACGAUUCUCGUCGCGGAAGCCAGAGCAGCGGCAAGAGUGGCUCUAGCCACGCCGCUAGCAGCAGCAGCAUAUCCCGAAAGUCCAAUGGAUCUUUCACAUCCGCCGGCAAUGUCGAGAACAAGCUCAGUGGGCGCGACACGGCCGAGGCUAAGUCUCAUGGAUAUUAG